AUGCUUGAGCUCAGUGAGUCGCAAGAAGUGGUCUUUGCUGGCCGCUAUACGGCGGAACUUCGGGCGCUAGGUGAAGUUUCGGCGGUGUACCAUGGUGAGAAGUUCUCUCACCUUGCACAACCCGAACCACAUGCCAGUGACCAUCUCUCCAGGGAUGGGCAUGUUCUUCAGAAAGGAACCAUGAGCAGACCAGCGCUGAAUUUUCUUCGGCCGUACCUCCAACAGGCUAGCCGACCUCUAAGGCCAGAACAUGCGCGCGCAUAUCUCGCUCUGCAGAAGCGUUUCACACAAAGUGUAGCUGCUGGUGCAUACACUGGCCCGUACGAUGUCGAGAAACAGAAGCGACUUGAGCAUCUGGAGAAGGUGAAGCCCUUGGGUAAAUAUCACCCAAGGCUUGUACAUUCUUCAGAUGUCCAAAAUCUAUCGGUUCGCGACUUCAACGCAAAGUACGAUGGUAUACAGGAGACGCAGGCGGACAUCGUGUCUGUGUUCGGAAGGGUGCGCUCAGUCCGGCUGCUUAGCUCCAAGUUGAUGUUCCUUGAUAUUGAACGCGACACACAACGGCUGCAGGCCAUGGUAGAGUUGAAGAAGCUCACACCACAAAAGAACCUUGACGAGAGCUUUAAGAACUUCAAGAAGGUCGCGCGCAUUGGUGAUUGGAUUUCCAUCAGAGGCAAACCUACAAAGACAUUGACUGGACAACUCUCAAUCCUUGCCCUCGACGUGCCCCAAGUACUCGCGCCCUGUCUGCAUCAUCUCCCGGAGAAGAUCGACGAUGCUGAAACGCUCGCUCGACGACCGCAUAUCCACGCUCUUACCAGUGACGAACCCGGCGAUGUGCUCCGACUCCGGGCGCUCAUAUACGACUAUGUGCGCACAUACUUUAUACAGAGUGGGUUUCUAGAGGUGGAGACUCCGACUUUCGACGUGAACGCUGGAGGCGCAAUCGCGCGACCUUUCGAGACUGUCGCAAACGAGCUGUCCAACACACCAAUCAGACUCAGGAUAGCACCUGAGUUGAAUCUGAAACGGUUGAUCAUUGGAGGGCAGGACAAAAUUUUCGAGAUUGGUCGCGUGUUCAGGAAUGAAGGCGUGGAUAACACACACAACCCGGAAUUCUCUACGUGCGAAUUUUACGAGGUCGGAGCAACACUACCCACUGUCGUCGCUAGAACGGAACAACUGGUACACGGUCUUCAUACUGCAAUUGAGUCACUGAGGUCAACAUACUUCCCGACACUCGCAGCGCCGGAAGACAUCGACUUCACACAUCCUUUCGCACAACUGCCGUUUAUACCUACAAUUGAGAAAUCCUGCGGUCGUACACUGCCAGAUCUAUCGUCACCGAAUGCCUCCGAGGAACUUCUCCAGCUCUUCAACGAGCUUGAUCUCGCGAUUCCACCAAACCCAACUCUCCCACGGCUACUCGAUGCGCUUGCAGAGAUGUAUAUCGAACCUCUCUGCAAGAACCCGACCUUCAUUACUCAACAUCCAGAAGCCCUCUCGCCGCUGUCAAAGUCAUUUGUUGACGAAGCGACUGGACAACGCGUUGCCUCGCGCGUGGAGCUUUUCAUCCAUGGUCGCGAGUACGUCAAUGCAUACGAAGAGGAGAACUCGCCAUUUGAGCAGCGCAGGAAGUUUAUGCAGCAGCUAGACUUUCACACUGAGGGUGGAGGAGCCAUCGAUGAGAGUUAUCUCGAGGCACUGGAGUGGGGUAUGCCACCGACGGGUGGUUGGGGCUGCGGGUUAGAUCGACUUGUCAUGCUGUUUGCUAGCAAGAAGCGAAUCGCCGAUGUUCUACCUUUUGGAACACUUCGGAACGUUGUGAGUAUCUCCAAGAAGAAGUAA